CUCGCCAAUUGCAUCACCCCGCUUGUUGAACGUCUGCCAAACGCAGGCAAGCUUGCAGUGCAGCUCCUUGGUGUCGGCUCCAGCCAAAUUAUUAUUCAGCGACUACACAUUCUUAAUAUUACAAGAUUAAUUUGGCGGCAAUGGUGCAUUUACUCUUUAAUAUGCUUUUUACUGUCUAGUUUCGGUAUGCGACAAGCCACCAUCGUUAAUGAUGGCCUCUGGCGCUGUCUUUGCCCUCGUUUCGAGCCAAUAGCGACAACGAGAUUACGAUACGCGCCAGCUAGGCAAUUGAUUCCAUCAAAACCCUCGCAGAGAUCAUUUGCAGCUCAAGCAGCGCCAAAUCGAAACACCUCUCCUACAGACUCGGCUCAUACCCAGAAAAAUCGCAGUAGCUUCACCAAGUCCCGCGGUUCAAGAUCGACAACCGUCCCCGGCUCGACCGACUUCGCACAAUGGCAAAGAUUACUGCUCGGCGCACAAUUGCCUCACUCUCCUAUACUCAGUCAAGCUCCGGUGGAAUUCAUAGAACGUGCGAUCGACGAACUUCGCACAAGCAAUACUCAAUAUCCGGUGAGCUCUGAGCUAUCAAAAUCUACACGCAUGACGGAGCUCCUUACGCAUCUGCUGCACACUCGACGGGCCCCAUUGACUGCAGAAGUGUACGAUGCAAUGAUAGCAUGUACGGCAGAGACUUCUGGCCACUCCAACUUUGUCCGUCGGCUCCUCAAGGAAAUGCGCCUAGCCAAGAUACCCGUCCCCAAAGCCGUCUUGACGACUGCUCUGGAAGCGCUGUCAAACCACCCAAACCACAUUCUCUCAGCCGAAAUCGUGGAGAUGAUGCUAGAGUCCGAUAUGAUAGUUGACGGUCCCGUAAAUCAAACUCUAUUGCUUGGCUUGUUGCGAGACGGACAGCACGAGUUGGCUUUUAGUCGUUUAAUGCGGCUACGGGACAGCGGGGAGACGGUUGACGCUUGGGUCUACACCAUUUUUAUCAUCGAGUUUGGCUCUCAGGGCUACAUUGAUGAAGCAUUGGAGCUGCUUCAAUCGCGCCGUGCACUGGCUGAGGAUGAUGAUUAUCCCAACAUCGUUUACUACUUGCUAGACUCGAGCGCCAGCCGGUUCCACCAUGCUGGGACCUGCGGUACGUGGGAGCAGAUGAGGGUAGAUGCGCGCUGCUUAUUACCAGACGGGAUCUUGGAGAAUGUCAUGGGGACCGCGGCACGCUAUGGAAACACGGAACUGGCGACAGCUGUCCUGGACAUCAUAUCAAAGAGGCAGCGCACCCACGGAUUCCACUACGAAAUGGUUGCUGAAGCACAGUUAUAUUCGAAGGACGUAGUCGGUGCUAUGCGAGUUUACUCGGUCAUGCAGCAGACCGAUCUAGCUGUGACACAGUCAACAGUAUCACAAUUCCGGCAGCUGUUAUUGAAUGAGCCCGAGCUGUUGCAAGCUAGUGAGGCAGCUUUGGCAGAACUACGCCAGGAGAGAACGAUCCCGCCAGCUGUGCUAGUAGCCAUAAUUGAAGUCAAAGCUAAAAUGUCCUGCGGAGAGGAUGCUUUGGAAUUGUAUAACAGGAUGCUGGAGCUCACUGGGGCAGAGGCUGGGGCACCUCUGACACAAGACAUGCUCUGCCUGUGCACAACCCGUACGGAGCAAUCGAGACUUGCGCGCGUCUAUCAAGCACGAUUCGAGCGAGCAACACAAGACCCAGUGCGGCCCGCUGCUAAACUUAGCAAUGUGAUCUCCAAGUUGGCGGAUAUUGAAGAGCUCGAUCUCGCACUACGGCUGGCGGAGCCGAUGCUUGAGGACCCGGAGCAGCUGAAGCACCAUGGCAGCUGGGUCGAAGGCGUUGUUGAGACGGCGGUGUCGCGAGAAGAUUCGCGGGUAUGGCGAGUGGUGGAUGCAGUAUCAAAGAGCGGUAAUAGCACAUUGACGUUUACUGUGCAGAAGCUGCUGAAUCAGGGCCGUAUGACGAAGCGAGCAGACGAGUUGAAAGGGCGAUAGAGAGCCUGGCACCCUUUUGGACGUGCUGUAUUAGUACGUGUAUAAUAUGUAAAUUAGAGUGUAAUAAGAAUUCAAUAUUCCAGACCAGUGCAACUUCUUGUUUGGGUACCGUAUAGUGCUAUCACAUAUAGAAUGCGGGGUGCGUCUCUUGCAUUGGUAAGACGGAUGAGAAGAAUAUUCCACACGAUGGGGCCCAGCAACGCUGUAUAAGCCAAAAAAAACAAAAACAGAAAAAGUAGCCGCGAUGUGGAAACAGAAAUCAUCCAACUAGGUCUGUCGUCAUCCCGUUAAUCAUGGCACCAGCGCCAGUUUUCAUUGGUAAGGCUGCGUAGAUGGCCAGAUUUGCCAGGCGUACUUUGCGGAGUUUGGGUGGUUUGUCAUCGAUGGCGCUGCUGUGACGGCGCCAAAGUGGGAGGGACACAGGGGCACACUGUGAGAACGAAUAGAAGGUGAGUCCGUUUCCGUCUCCGGUGUGACUCAGCCGUAAUUUUCCUUUUUUUCGUUUUUCACUCUUCCUUUUCUUUGUUUCCAUGGCCUUAUUAAUUUUUCACAUGAUUUUGGGGGGCGAUGGGGACUAUCGUUCAGGCGUUGAGCAACAGAUUCCAACUUACACGCCGAAAGCCGUCGGAUAUAGGAUAUAGGCGUAGGAGAUAGGGUGUAAGAGGGAGGAACAAUCAUAGUGAGAGCUUAUGAGUAAGUUAUGAAUACGAUAUACGUCAGUAUUUUGUAUGUACUUGUCCGCAAAAAAAAAAUCAGGCUGGUAAUUUAUCUCCAUAACCACGCCUAUUGUUGUCUUUGUCCAUGGGUACCUGCUGCUUGUGAGGUGCAGCAAAAAAACGAAGCAUUACAGG